AUGCCCACACCCAAUACCUCUGCCCCGGGACCCACGUUCUCCUGGGCCAACACCUCCUUGGGAGGCAGCACCUUGAACGUUCCUAAUACCGCCCUGCCUGUGGAAUUCCUCACUCUGAGGCUCACAGUUGCUCUGGCCUAUGGGCUUGUAGGGACCAUUGGCAAGCUGGGGAUUGCUGUGCUGUGGGUCCUGGGUAACCAUGCCAGAAGAGCCCCCAGCCUGCCUUCUGAUACCUUUGUCUUCAACCUAACCCUGGCUGACCUGGGGCUGGCACUCACCUUGCGCUUCUGGGCUGUUGAGUCAGCCCUGGACUUCCGCGAUCCCUUCGGAAGCGUCCUCUGCAAAAUAGUACUGAUAGCCACUGUCCUUAACAUCUAUGCCAGCAUCUUCCUCAUCACAGCGCUGAGUGUGGCCCGGAACUGGGUGGUGGCUGUGGCCACGAAGCCAGGUGCCCAUUUCUCACUCUUGAGUGCCCACAGAGUCACAUUGGCAGUGUGGGUGGCAGCUGCCUUGGUGACGGUGCCCACAGCUGUCUUUGGGGCCCAGGGUGAGGUGUGGGGUGUGCACCUCUACCUGCUGUGCUUCCCCAGCAAGUACUGCCGGGAUUAG